AUGUCGUCCUCCCUCAGGUCGUCCAACCGACCUUGCGGACGCGCUCCUCUCCCAUCCAAGACAGAGAGGCCACCUACCAAGAGAAAUGCACUAGCUGAAAUUCAACCCAGAGCACCGCCUACGCCGAUUUUGCCCUACAGUCGCGCCCAAGCCCCUGCGAGCCCAUCACCCCGUCUGCCCCACCACGAAUCGCUCAAACCUGAAGGCAAUCUAUCCGUCCGUGAGAAUGCUGUCGGCAAAGUCCCUGCCGUCGAAAACAAGCGACUUUCCACUGUAGCAGAUGAUAUUGCCGCAGAGAGCAAGAGGGACUCGCAAGUCUCCACGGCUUCAGCAACAUCGGCUACGAUAAAGGGAAAACGAAAGACUCAUGUUGGGCCAUGGCAACUAGGAAAGACCUUGGGGAAGGGAGCCACUGGAAGAGUUCGCCUGGCAAAACAUGCAGUGACUGGACAGACAGCGGCAGUCAAAAUCGUCUCUAAGAAGUCAGCCGCUCUUGUCCAGAGUGCGAGUAUGGCUCGUAUGGACGAUGAAGACACUGCUUCGAUGAUCGCCACGGGCCCUCGAACAAUGCCAUUCGGUAUCGAACGUGAAGUUGUUAUCAUGAAGUUGAUUGAACACCCAAACAUCAUCAACCUCUACGAUAUCUGGGAGAAUCGUGGCGAGCUUUACUUGGUCCUUGAAUAUGUCGCAGGUGGUGAGCUAUUCGACUACGUUUCGGGCAAUGGAGCUCUACCAGAGGAGGAAGCAGUCCGACUCUUUCGUCAGAUCAUUGCCGGUCUGUCGUAUUGUCAUCGUUUCAACAUCUGCCACCGUGACCUCAAGCCGGAGAACAUCCUCCUCGACAGCCGCCGGAAUAUCAAGUUGGCGGACUUCGGCAUGGCAGCUCUGCAGCCCGACGGUACAUGGCUGAACACUUCAUGCGGUAGUCCACAUUAUGCGGCACCUGAGAUCAUACAAGGCAACCAAUACCGCGGUGACAAAGCUGACAUCUGGAGCACAGGGAUCAUCUUGUUUGCAAUGCUCAACGGCUUCUUGCCUUUUGACGGCGGAACGUUGCCCAACACGUUGCGCUUGGUCAAGAAAGGAGAGUACUACUUGCCUCCAACUCUGAGCAUGGAAGCGUCAGAUCUCAUCCAGCGUAUUCUACAGAAGCGACCGGAAAAAAGAAUUACCAUGGAACAGAUCUGGGCUCAUCCACUUCUCAAGAAGUAUGAAAAGUAUCAUGCAAGCCUGGUGGCACCCGAACCUCUCAUCGGCGCAGCUCCACCCCUGAGUAUCGAGGCGCAAGGCAAACGCGUUACUAAGCGUUCAGAAAUCGACACGGAAAUUCUGAGAAACCUGUCGACUCUAUGGCAUGGCAAAAAACCAGAAGAGCUGGUCAAACAACUCAUGAGCGAAGAACCAAACCAUGAGAAACUCUUCUAUUGGGCAUUGGUUAAAUUUCGAGAUGACCAGCUUGAGAACUACCCAGGCGACCCUCUUCAUUACUCUGCCAGUGACUAUCAUCAUGUCAGCAAACCGAUAUCGAAGCCCAAGCGUGGCCCCAACGGCCGUGGACACAAUCGACGAGCUUCUCAGUUCUCCAUUGUCAGCGAUGACAAUAGUAGGCGCGAAGGAUAUUAUAAGAAUCCUGGCACUGCUGCAAGCAAAGCUACGCAGAGCAGCUACGAUCCUUAUCGAGCUUCCAGGACUCCAAUCGCUGGAGACACUCUUGAGCCCCCCACAGUCGUCGUUCGCCAACGCCCAGUCACUCCAGGGGGUCGGUCUGUGAGCUCGGCUGGCAGCGUAAGGCAUAAGGCUGUGGAUAGAUUGAGGCCAGAUGUGCCCGCUCUCCCAAGUUUCACGUCAGAAGAGCUCGAGAAACUCAUCCAGAAGAAGCGUGCUUCGUACUCGACAGCAACAUCCAAAAGCUCCCUGUCUAGCACGAGGCGUCUUCCUGGUAUCCGAAAGUCGAUGAGCUACAAGCGACAAGUCAGUUUCCAACACCGCCGGCAGAAUUCCUCUGGUACCGCUAACCCCCGUGCCCGAGCAUUGAUCCCGGAUGUUCAUCCUGCAGACCGUCCUGGCACUCGCAGUACGACAAACGGAAGAUCUGAGACGCAGAGCAAUCCGAGUCUACCGACACCCUCCCAAGCCUAUCGUCCUCGCAAAUCCAGCUCUGAGAUUGACGUAAAGAAGCCGCGUGUGGCCAGCUAUUACUGGAAAGAUGAAACGCGCAAGGUCAGUGCUGAACUUGGCAAGAUCUGUGAAGAAGCUUUCAAUCGAUCAUCAGUGUCCACGGCCAGCGAAGUGAGCCCAGCUCCCCCGUUGGAUUCAUCUGCAACAUCUAUGGCAGCGCAUGCCUACGGAGUACCAGAGAGCCUUCGCGAUCGACCGCUUCCUGCAACUCCAGUACUUCAAGAAUUGAUAGAACGUCGGCAGAAGAUCAUUGAGACCUGGGGUGAUGCUGAUGCAAAUGUUCUUGCUGACAUGCUGGCUGCUGUUGAUAAGCGCAUUGAUGCUGAGUUGGAUAAGCAGAGAAUGUGUGAUAAGCGAGCGGCCUCUGAUCCAACUCAUGGCGCUGGGCCGAGCAGGUAUUAUCGUACUAUAUCACCAGCCGACACAAUGGAAGAGCUGAAACGCAGCAGAGAGGAUAGCUCUAGAGCAGCUUCGGCUCCCGUAAGGUUCGAAACCCCUCAGGCGCAAAAGGACACCACAAUUCGCCUCGUUACUCCAGAUCCAACGUCGCCAUUCGCUCGAAUUGAGCCUCUCCGAGUCAAAAAGAACAAAGCUGUGCCGAUAAAUUCACUGAGAGGUGGUCCAAUCGAAUCAUACGAGCGUGCAGGAUAUGACCCACGCCUCUAUGCAAAACGGGAACUUGACACAAUCGACGAGAACCCGGGGUCGCCGAAGAAGAAGGCCUUUCCAAUGUCGUCCAACGCCACACGCAAAUGGUCCUGGCUUGGAAAACGUGGAUCUGGUCCUCAAGAUCCGCUAGAUUCUAGCAAGUCUACAGAAGAGAUCGCGCAAGAUACCUAUUCCAAUACCUCCCAAAUUGUCCAACCAAGCGAGUCCGGCAAUUCUUCGACGCUUUCUACGACAAAAGGCAGCGAACCACAGUCGGGUGACAUUGAAUUACAGAUGGAGAAGAAGAGAAAAUGGUUCCAGAAGAUGUUCGGCAGAACAACCAAGCCCAGGGACGACGUCUCAGCAACUACGACUAAGCAUCGCAUUGUGCGAGACCUAUCGGACGGCACGGAAUCUAACGAGCCAAAUCAAGUGGUCAGCGCAGGUGCUGGAGUUGUACCCCGGAAAUCUUAUCCUCCAGCAACGAGUGUCGAUGCUGCGAUGGCAGCAGCUGCAGUUGCUCCUAUUGAAAUUAGCCAGAAUUGGUUCGCCAAAUUCUUUCGCAUCAGACCCGCAACCCGUGUGAUUUGUCUUCAAAUCAGCAAAGGAAAAGCGAAGAAAGAGCUUAUUAAGAUUUUGAAAGAUUGGCGCAAGUAUGGAUUGAGAGAUGUGGUGUCGGAACGACGUGGAGGCAGUGACGUGGUGAGAGGGCGGGUUGAUGCAUCAAAUUAUCUCCAACUCAAGCCCGUUCAUUUCCAUGCCUAUCUGUAUUCGGUCCUUGAGCAUGGCCGAAAAGCCAAUUUGAGUAUUAUGAAGUUUACACAGGAGAAGGGAGCGGCGAGCAGUUUUUACAAAGUUGUGGAUACCCUCGAAGCCGUCCUGAAGGAGCGAAGCUUGUUGGUGGUUGACGCUCAGCGCAAGAAGGGCAUUGAGCGUAGUCUUAAGGACGCUGGUUUGUGA